AUUGUCUUUCUUUUCAAUUUUUAUUAACCUUUUUUGGUUCUCAUAGCUGUAGAGAGAUUAUUCAUAUUAUUAUUCCUUUCUUCUUCUUUCAUUCUCAACAAUCUCUUCCCCCUCUUCUUCCAUAAUACUCUUUCUCUUCAUAUAUAAUCUUUAUUUUCAAACACCCUAAAUUUACAACCACAUAUUCCAGAGAGGAUUUUUUAAAAAAAAAAUGGUGAUGAAGUUACCUUAUCUGGGUUCUUGUUUGUUUUUGGUUUUUUUUAGUCUGGUUUCUAUUGUUGCUUCUGGGUCUGGAAAAGGGCUCCCAAUUCUUUCAUUCGAUGAAGGAUAUAAUCAGUUGUUUGGGGAUGAUAAUCUAGUUAUCCAUAGAGAUGGUAAAGCUGUUCACUUGUCUUUGAACGAAAGAACAGGGUCGGGGUUUGUGUCACAAGACCUUUACUUGCAUGGUUACUUCAGUGCUUCAAUAAAGUUACCUGCUGAUUACACUGCUGGAGUUGUGGUUGCUUUCUAUAUGUCAAAUGGUGAUAUGUUCGAGAAGAACCAUGAUGAAAUAGAUUUUGAGUUCUUGGGUAACAUUAGAGGAAAAAAUUGGAGGAUUCAGACCAAUAUUUAUGGCAAUGGAAGCACCAGUGCUGGCAGAGAAGAGAGAUACAAUCUCUGGUUUGAUCCUGCUGAUGAUUUCCAUCACUACACUAUUCUCUGGACUGCUUCUCACAUCAUAUUUUAUGUAGACAAUAUCCCCAUUAGAGAGUUCAAAAGAACAGCUGAAAUGGGUGGAGAUUUCCCCUCUAAGCCAAUGUCAUUGUAUGCUACAAUAUGGGAUGGAUCUGAUUGGGCUACUAAUGGUGGCAAAUAUAGAGUCAAUUACAAAUAUGCUCCUUAUGUAGCGGAAUUCUCCGAUUUAGUCUUGCACGGCUGCGCAGUUGAUCCAAUCGAGUUUUCAUCCAAGAGGUGUGACGGCACGCAAAGUUGGGAACAACUCACAACCAGUAUCACCCCAUCACAAAGAAGCAAGAUGGAUAGCUUUAGGAGGAAGCACAUGACAUACUCUUACUGCUAUGACCAAACCAGAUACAAGAUUGCUCUUCCGGAGUGUGUGAUCAAUCCCCGAGAAGCUGAAAGACUGAAGAAGUUUGACCCUGUCACGUUUGGAGGAGGCAGGCGCCACCAUGGGAAACGACACCACCACAUGCGAGCAAGCCGGUCUGAGGCUGAUUCCAUCUGAUGAAAGACCUUUGACCAUUGUUUUCCUCUCCUUUUCAUUCAGCUUGGGGAUCAGUUUUGUGUAUAGAGAGAGGGGGAAGACUGCAGAGCACAGCACAUAUACAUAUAUAUAUAUUGAGGGUGAUAUGAGUCAUUAUAUAUGUUCAAUGAUGUGGGGGGUAUGUGUAUAGUUCCAUACCUUUUUAGGUUUCGCUGUCCAUUUUUGUUAUUGAUGCAAUAAAAUACUUUAGCAGAUUUAAAACA